UGGAAACGGUGGUACCGGGAGGGAAACGGUCGGCUCUUUUACCCGAAGGCCUAAUAGCGUGCUCCUACAAUGCUAUGCCCUGGGGACGGGGCAGGAGGAAAAAUUGUUCCCUGUUCUCCUGGAGCUUUGAUUAGUGCCCGGGGAGGCAGGCCUCAGAAUGUCUCUGGCAGAUGAGCUCUUGGCUGACCUUGAGGAGGCGGCUGAAGAGGAGGAGGGAGGAAGCUAUGGGGAGGAAGAAGAAGAGCCGGCGAUUGAGGAUGUACAGGAGGAAACACAGCUGGAUCUUUCUGGGGAUUCGGUCAAGAGCAUUGCCAAACUAUGGGACAGCAAGAUGUUUGCGGAAAUUAUGAUGAAGAUUGAGGAGUACAUCAGCAAGCAAGCCAAAGCUUCCGAAGUGAUGGGCCCUGUGGAGGCGGCCCCUGAGUACCGGGUCAUCGUGGACGCCAACAACCUGACCGUGGAGAUAGAGAAUGAGCUGAACAUCAUCCAUAAGUUCAUCCGGGACAAAUACUCGAAGCGAUUCCCCGAACUGGAGUCCCUAGUCCCCAAUGCGCUGGAUUACAUCCGCACCGUCAAGGAGCUGGGCAACAGCCUGGACAAGUGCAAGAACAACGAGAACCUGCAGCAGAUCCUGACCAACGCCACCAUCAUGGUUGUCAGCGUCACUGCUUCCACCACCCAGGGGCAGCAGCUGUCAGAGGAGGAGCUGGAGCGGCUGGAGGAGGCCUGUGACAUGGCAUUGGAGCUGAACGCCUCCAAGCACCGCAUCUACGAGUACGUGGAGUCCCGCAUGUCCUUCAUCGCGCCCAACCUCUCCAUCAUCAUCGGCGCGUCCACUGCCGCCAAGAUCAUGGGGGUGGCUGGCGGCCUGACCAACCUCUCCAAGAUGCCUGCCUGCAACAUCAUGCUGCUGGGGGCCCAGCGCAAGACGCUGUCCGGCUUCUCGUCGACCUCGGUGCUGCCGCACACCGGCUACAUCUACCACAGCGACAUCGUGCAGUCCCUGCCACCGGAUCUCUGGCGGAAGGCAGCCCGGCUGGUGGCAGCCAAGUGCACGCUGGCAGCCCGUGUGGACGGCUUCCACGAGAGCACGGAGGGAAAGGUGGGCUAUGAGCUGAAGGACGAGAUCGAGCGCAAGUUUGACAAGUGGCAGGAGCCGCCGCCCGUGAAGCAGGUGAAGCCGCUGCCAGCGCCCCUGGAUGGGCAGAGGAAGAAGCGAGGCGGCCGCAGGUACCGCAAGAUGAAGGAGCGCCUGGGGCUGACGGAGAUCCGGAAGCAAGCCAACCGUAUGAGCUUUGGAGAGAUAGAAGAGGAUGCCUACCAGGAGGACCUGGGCUUCAGCCUGGGCCACCUGGGCAAGUCGGGCAGCGGGCGCGUUCGGCAGACGCAGGUGAACGAGGCCACCAAAGCCAGGAUCUCCAAGACAUUACAGCGCACCCUGCAGAAGCAGAGCGUGGUGUAUGGCGGCAAGUCCACCAUCCGGGACCGCUCCUCGGGGACCGCCUCCAGCGUGGCCUUCACUCCUCUCCAGGGCCUGGAGAUCGUGAACCCCCAAGCAGCAGAGAAGAAGGUGGCUGAGGCCAACCAGAAGUAUUUCUCCAGCAUGGCUGAGUUCCUCAAGGUCAAGGGCGAGAGGAGCGGCCUCAUGUCCACCUGAGGAGCUGUCGCUGGCGGCCGCCCACCACAGGCACGUGGAACUGGAGCAGGCUGGGAGGUCUGGCGUGAGGACCCGCCCCCCUCAGCCCCUGCCCCUGCACCCAGCUGCCAGGGGGUCCCCAGGAGAGGCAUAGCUGCCCUCCCCGAGAACUGAGCUUGCUGCCCUUUGGGGGCAGGUGCGAGCUUUAACACAUCUGUUUUUUUUGUUUUGUUUUGUUUUUUUAAACUGGGGAAGGAGAUACUUUGGAAAAACUACAAUUAAACCACAUUAUCAGGAUCUGUCCUUGGGGACUGAUCAUGUGUCCAGUACCUGGGGCAGCUGGAGGAAUCAGAGCUGUGGGACUUGAGGGGAAAGAGCUCUGCCUCACGUCCCUCACGUCCAAGGAAGAGAAAAGCCUUCUCCGACUCUGAACCCCCGGAGAAUGCUGGUCAUUUUGAUGCCCGUGCACUGUGGCCGCAGAUUCCUGCUGACAGGCAGGCUGGGAUUGGUGUGGGGUGUUGGGCAGGCAGCCUCACCUAUGUAGGGGUGACAGUCACACCUGCUCUUUGAGGACGUGAGGACAUGAGGUGAUGCCCAGAAGGUCUCCUGUGCCUCCCUGACUCAGCAGGCCGGCUUCCUCCCCGGGACGAUCUAAUGCCUAUGAAGGCUCACGCCAGGUGAGCGAAAGGAGCCCCUAGCUGUGCUGGGCACUGGGGCCAAGGCCUGUCACCUGGACUGAAGAUGAGAGCACAUGUGGCCUGCAGGGCUGGAGAGGCCUUCCAGGCCAGGGACAGCUUGGGCGCAGCCCCAGGAGCAUGGCGUGAGGCAGUGGCUACCUGCAAGGGCCGAGGAAGGGCCACCCCAGGGGCACCUGAGGGUCUCAGUCCAUCUUCCCCUCUCUCUAGCUCAUGCUUGUCUUUGAGAUCUCACUCUUCUGUUCCUCCCUGUGGGCCUUACCCUGCCACUACUCAGGGCUCUGGCUCAGGGCCCCAGGGUCUCUCUCCUCAUGUCAAAGAGUCUACACACCAGGGAGGUUCUUGUUUUAUAUACAUUCAUUUUGUGUGUGUGAGUGUGGAAUAUACAUAACAUAAAAUUUGCCCUUUUAACUAUU